AUGGCUACUGAUAGGGGUCUCCAGAUUUCUUCUGCCUUUCCCUACGAGAAGAAAUCGGUCGAGGUACUGGGAAACCGCAUGGCCUAUGUCGCCAUCGGCUCUUCUUCUGCGUCCGGGUCUGCUGUUGUCUUCUUGCACGGCAAUCCAACCUCGUCAUAUCUCUGGCGUAACAUCUUUCCGCAUGUUGCAAAGAACAGCCGCUGCGUCGUGCUCGAUCUCAUCGGCUUUGGUGAUUCAGACAAAGUACCGGGGCUAGAGUAUAAAAUCCGCGACCACCAGCGCUAUAUCGAUACUUUUCUCAGUAUAGUCUUGCCAACAGAGCGCAUAACUCUCGUCAUCCACGACUGGGACUCAGCUCUUGGCCUGGACUGGGCCAGUCGCCAUCAACAUCGCGUCGCCGGUAUUGCACUUAUGGAGUGGAUCACCACAGUGAGCAGCUGGGCCUCUCGAGAUUCGGUGUUCCGAGACCAGUUCCAAGAAUUUCGCACGCUUGAUGUUGGGAGAGCCAUGAUCAUGGAGCAAAAUCUCUUUGUGGAUAGGAUACUACCCAAGGGGGUUGUUCGAGGGCUGACGGAGGAAGAGAUGGUUCACUAUCGCCGGCCAUUUCCGAAACCUGAAGAUCGUGAGCCAGUCUGGAGAUUUCCCAACGAGAUCCCCAUUGAAGAAUACCCAAAGGAUGUGUGGGAAAAGGCACAGAAAUACACUUCAUGGCUUCUCGCAUCGGACGUACCGAAGCUGUUCUUCUGGAUGAAGCCUGGAACGUUCGUCACGGAAGAGGACUUUGUGAGGCUAAGAGGAGCGAUGAAGAAUGUCAAGACCAUCUUUCUGGGGCCAGGAAGGCAUUUCGUGCAGGAAGACUAUCCCCACACCAUUGGACAAGAAAUAGUAGAAUGGAUGGCAGAGUCGGAUCUUUGA